AUGCCGCCAAAAUCAGCUGCAUCUUCCCGCACUAGCAACACUAGCGGAGGCAAACGUGGAAGACACUUGUCCACGAGAAGCACCGAGAGCAGUAUCACCGACGUUACCAUCAACACGAAGUCCACAAACUCAAACUCAACAAAUACCGCAUCUGUUGCUAGCUCGCCGAAUGAUUCUGAUUCAAAAACAACUGACUCAACUUCAACGUAUACUGGCUACACAAAGGAUACUUACCACUACUCCAGGAAAAUGAAGAAACAACUACAUCCCGACAUAUACAUUGACGAUUGGUUAUUCUUGACAACCACCAGACAUUUGACACACGACCCAACGCUACUGAAUAACAUCAAUGUUGACCUCAUAAUAUGUUUUGAUC